GGUAAACAUAGGAAGUGACCCUGACCUUCGUAAUCGAGUCAUAUCACAGGCCACAUAAAUGAAGGUGUAAACAUGUGGCUGUUAGCAAUAACCAUGGCUGUCCUGUGGACAUCUGCAGACUCCCAGGACAGGAAGACCAUCAUAGAUAACACCAGUGGAUACAAAAUGGAGAGGGCUCCAAUUUAUAUGGUUAUAACACCAAAUGUAAUCAGGCCAAAUGAAGUCAUCCAAAUAUUUGCAACAAUAUUAAGAAUGAAUGAAUAUCCAUACUUUGAUGUGAAAGUUUCAAUUGUUCAAGAUAAAGUAGCUUAUGCUGAAAUUACGACAAAAUUUGAAAGGCCUGGCAGUAGGCUUAUGCAGAUGAGGAUGCCAUCUAACUCUCAGAGAGGGCACUAUAAACUGAGAGUAGAGGGGAAAGCUGGAGACUCUGGGAAUGUGUUCUUCAAUGAGACUGACAUUGGGUUCGACCCAAAGCAGGCCUCUGUGUUCAUCCAGCUCAGCAAGCCCAUCUACAAGCAAGGACAAAAUGUUUCAUUCAGAGUUCUUCCAAUCAAACAAAACAUGAUGCCAAAAUACGGAAGUAUGACAAUCUAUGUGAAGGAUCCUACUGGGUACCCUGUCAGAAGAUGGCUUGCCGUGCAGACAAAUGCUGGAGGAAUUGUCAGUCAAAGCUUCAUGUUGUCUGACCAGCCAAACUAUGGGAACUGGAGCAUCCAGGUGGAUGGUUAUGGGUUCACGUAUUACAAGCAUUUCCAGGUUGAAGAAUUCUGGGACCCAAGAUUUGAUGUGAAUGUUACGGUGAAAUCCUACAUACAAGAAAAUGUGAACACAGUUGGAGGCAUCAUAAUGGCAAACAUGACGACCGGUAAACCUAUUGAGGGCAAUGCCUCAGUUCUAUUGACUGUAAAAGAACCACAGAAUAUGUACGGCGGUGUCAACAAUAUUAAUAGCGGGUUUGUCUUCGAACCAAGGUCCUUCACCAUUCAGAAGUCACUGGGCUAUCUGAGAGGUCCAAUCUCAUUUGAGUUCAAUAUGGAUGAAAUACGAACAAGACUACGCAAUGAGUUUGGGAUGUACAGUGGGUUCGAGGGGGUGGAGCUUCACUUCAAUGCCUCGGUGUACGAUUGGUUCUUCCGAAUGACCAGGGUGGGCUAUGCCAGCACCGUGCUGUACAAGUCGGGGGUCAAGCUCCAAUGGGUCGGGGAUAAGGUGCGAACCUUCAAACCAGACAGCGUCCUCACUGUUCAGGUGGCAGUAAUGAGAUACGAUGGCACCCCUGUGUCUAGCAGCAGCAAGGUACGGCUGGAUUUAGAGCCCCAAGGCAGCACGCUACCAUACUUUGCGUCCAGUAAAUCACCCAGUGGGGGAAUUGCACAAUUCAAAAUCACAAUGGACAACACUAUAAAAAGCCUUAAACUCACCGCACGCUGGGAGGCAGACUCCACCACCCCACCUAUCGCCAUGAUGACCACUAGGUUCUACUCCCCCAGCAACAGUUACAUCACCCUGUCGACCUCUACCAGCAGUCCCAAGGUCAACACCUACAUGUUGUUCCACGUCAAAACCAGCUUGUAUGUCCCAAGGAUCUUCUAUCAGGUUGUUGGAGGUGGCAAUAUUUUGGUGGGAGAAGAAUUGGAAAUGCUAUCUCGCAGGAAAUCUUUUGCUAUUGCUUUAUCUCGAGACAUGGUUCCGACAGCUCGAGUCGUAGUGUAUUACUUGUCGGGACAGCCCGAGGAGAUCGUGGUGGACUCACUAACGUUCUUUGUGGAUGGAACUGCCAAUAACAAGGUUGGUGCGCAAGUAAAUCGAGGAAAAGAUUUCACACGUGAUACGGUGGAGAUUCUGGCCACUGCUGACCCGGGUGCAUACGUAGCGUUCGCUGCCAUUCCACUAGAUCUCUACAAACGAGGACUGAAUGACGGCUUAAAUCACUGGACCAUAAUUGAUGAAUUAAACACUUACGACUCUGGGCGCAAGAGUUGGCAGCACCUGUGGAGGAAGAGUGAAGUGGAAUACCAGUACAAGUUCUACACCGCAAGCGGUCAUGGAAUCGAUGCAAACACCACCUUCAGGGAUGCUGGGCUGUUGGUGAUGUCAGAUCUCACAGUUAACAGAGUUCCCAUUACAAGCACAGAAUUAAAGUGUCACAAUGACCCGGACUACCUGCCGUGUUUCUCCGGAGCCUUCUGUUACCACGUCAACGAGACUUGUGAUGGUUUAAACCAAUGUCAAACAGACUGGGCCGACGAACAGAACUGUCCAAUGGAGGAUCCUAGACACAGCAACAUGACCCUCAACAUGAUUAACAGGGUCAGUCGUGUGCUCCGGUUUUAUGAGGACAGUUCCUGGGCCUGGAAAGAAACAUUUACCAAACCUGAUGGUGAAGUGGACUUCAGGGUGACCGUCCCUAAAUACCCACUUACCUGGGUUAUUCACGGUGUGUCCAUGAGCAGAAAUCUGGGUCUAGGGAUCCAACCCUCACCUAUUCAGUACGAUGCCACAAGGUACAUGUACAUUAUUGUGGAAUGUCCGGAACAUAUCAUUCGAGGAGAACAAGUGGGAGUCAGGGUGACUGUGUUUAACUACUGGUUUGGAGACGAGUUUAUUGAGGUGCUUGUUACCAUGGAGGGCUCCCCUGACUAUGACUCGGUUCUCGUCGGAGAUGAAGGCUUCGUACAAUCCUACGCCCCCAGACGACACAAUGGAGAUCACCAGACAAUUGUAUUUUUGGAGCCUGGUGAAUCCAAGGACAUUUUCAUGCCUCUUGUCCCCAACAUGGUGCAGGGAACAUUUAACUUCACCGUCAGUGCCUGGUGUUUCCUCGAGAGAGACAUUGUCACCAGAACUAUCUAUGUCUCAUCAGAUGGAAUAGAGAACAUGUACCACACCCCCUACUUGAUUGACAUGAUCACGUCUGGAUCCAUGAUUAUCCCCGAUCUGAAGGUGAAUGUCUCCGAUCAGUUCAUCGUUCCGGAGCAGCGUUACCACCAGUUUGUCCCCGGCUCUCCCAAGGGACAUGUCACUGUCUUUGGUGAUGUGGUGACCCCAGGAUUCUUCCAGGAAUUCCCGACUGCCGAGGACAUUCUGUACAGACCGUACGGGUCCGGAGAAAUGAACAUGUUUAAUUUUGCUUACAACCUGUUGACCCUCAAGUUCAAGAAAGCAAAUCAACAGCUCAGCAAUGACAUCCUACAGAGGACCCUUAAAUACAUGAAUAUAGCUCUACAAAGACAGAUGGGGUAUAUGAAUCAGGACGGAUCUUUCCGCAUGUUUAGGGACGACCCCAAACCUAGCGUCUGGCUGACAGCCUUUGUGGCCAAGUCGCUGUUCCAGGCCAAGUUUGGUGAGUGGGAGAAGGACUUCUUCAUCCCCCUGGAGUUGAUAAACAAGAUGGUGCUGUGGCUGUGCAGUCAGCAGCACAAUGUGACCGGAGAAUUCAACGAGCUGCCUGGCGUCCCCGUCUACGACAGGAACUUUGGAUCUCUGCGAGAGGCAGUAGAGAAUGACACGUUACGAGCCCAUCCUGUACCCCUGACAGCAUAUGUCUUAAUCGCGUUGUACAAAAUCAAGGACACCUCUAUGGAAUCGCAGAGUUGUAUGGAGAAGGCCAAACAGCGGGCCUCAGAAUACCUGUCUCAACAGGUGAACAAAAUCACAGAGGUCUUCCACCUGGCCAUAACAUCCUAUGCCCUGUCCCUCAGCAGUGUCAGGAGUCGGGCGGUGUUUGAUUCCUUGUGGAAGCAUGUUAGAACAAAGCCAGAACAUUACUUUUCGGACGAUGAGAUCAGAGAGAAUCCCUCAGAGUACGUCAACACCGUGUUGUACAUGUUACCACGCCUACCGCUGAUCAACGAUGGUUACGCCGUACAGUCGACAUCCUAUGCAUUGCUAGCACACAUCAAUCACUUCGGGGCCACAACAAGCUCUGACAGUACCAGCGGACUCAUCAAGGAACAGAGGGACUCCAUGAUGAAGUGGUUACAAACCAUGAGGAAUACCUUUGGAGCUUUUGCCUCUACACAGGACACUUUGGCUGCCAUGGAGGCUUUGUUUGAGUUCACCCUGGUCGACCCCAACAGGAACGUGUUCAGCAUGGACCUGAAGCUGGAAUCCUCUGCUUCCCCAGAGUGGAAUGAUGCCUUCAUGAUGGCCAAAGACAACUACACCGUGAUGCAGGAAGUCUGGCUACCCAAAGUGUUUGGCCAAGUCCGAGUGGCAGUGAAGGGAACAGGCAGAACACUAAUUCAGUUGACCACAACAGUCAAUGUAGAAUAUCCAUGGCAAAUCCGUAACCCGGUGGAUACUAUCCAAUUCUUCUUGUUGGACAACUACAACAUUGAGUUCAGUGGCAGAAAUUUCUCCACAAUCCGAAUGACACCAUGUGUCAGUUGGGUGUAUGAGACUCGCAGCAAGCAGUCAGGUCUGACAGUCCUGGAAAUCGACAUCCCUACCGGUUACGUGAUUAUGAACGACACUCUGCGAGCCCUGGUCAAUAGUCCCACCUCUCCAUCCAAUCUCAAGCGAGCCGAGUUCUACAAAAGAAAAGUGGUUUUCUACUUUGAAUAUCUUGAUCAGAGACAGACCUGUGUAGACUUAGAGGCACACAGAUGGUACCCGGUGGCUAACAUGACAAUCCAACACAAGAUGCGUGUCUACGAUUACUACGAGCCAGGUAUGCACAACACAACUAUGUACUCGACGUACAGUUUGUUUAAUCUGAACGUGUGUUACGUGUGCGGCUCCUACCAAUGUCCGUACUGUCCGUUCUUCAAUGUGGGCACGGUCAUCAAAGCCAGCUUUACGUUAGUCACUCUCAUCAUCGGAUUUAUCCUACAGCGAUACAUGUUACGGAACUCUUAGCAGCCCAGCAUUUGACUGGGCGCGAAUCCUUCCAUUCUUCCAUGCCACACCUUGUGUCGUUUCUUAUCCCAAAGUACUUUGUAUGUAGUAGGCAGAUUUUCUGCGUAAAUUACAGAAAGGACAUUUAUCUAGUAUCAUAUCCUGUAUCAUGUUUAAUGUUAACCAUUCUUCUGGAAUUCUGUUCUUUGUUUAAUUUGGUAUUUGACCACUUUUAAUGUAUUACCAGGGGAACGAUUCAAGUAUAUGCAACAAUUUUUAAUUUUUUUUUCAAGGUUGUAUUCUUAAUUGUAUGAUGCACAAGAUUUUAAUGGUAUUGUGCCAUUAUUUAUUGUGCUGUUGUUUUGACGUAUAAUUUUUGUGCCAUAACAUUUUGAUGUGUUGUGAAUAUUUGCAUUCCAGUGCUGAUGAAACAAAAUUACACGAAUUCAUGGUAGCAUAUAAAACAAUGCGAAGUUUGAAUCCUAAUAUUCUCAUUGAAUUUAAGGCUGUUUUUAAUGCGUACAGAAUCUGAGGAAGCGCAAUCCUUGAUUUUAUGUUACUGUGUAGAACUCAGGAUCUUAAACAUUCCAUUGGGAUUAUUUUGAUAAAUAUUACUGCAUUUCAGAAUUUUCAUUGUUGUAAUUUUAAUUCUAAGUACGGUAUACAGAUAGAAAAAGUUUCCUGACUAUGUCAUAUUCAACCAUUUUGUUACAUUUAUUACUCAGUGAAACUCAUCAUUUGUAUAUAACGGUACUGUGAUUUUAACUAGUACAUAUCAUUACCUAGUGUUAGUCCAGAGUGGAUGCUUUUAUACUUUUUAUGACUGAUACAUAUCAACUUUGUUAUUCGGUUUCCCGAGAGAUGAACAAGUGUGUUGUGAGAUAGAAACUCAAUUUUGAUUACAUUUAUUACAUUAUUGCAUGUCAUUUUGUAACAGCUAUGGUUUAUUACAUAUCAUUUAGUGUGUGGCAAUUCAUAAGGCUGUUAAACUUUACCAUGUGCAUAUGUGGAAUUUUUAAUGCUAUAUUGAUAAAUAUCAUUUUAUGAAUAUGUAUAGAGAGCAGUUGUGGAAUGUAAGGAAUGUUGGCAGUAUAUUUUUAUGUCAUUUAUAUCCAUGUAAUAUUUCUAUUUCUACAAGGGACACGAACCAUUCCAAUAUUUUCAUUGUACAUAUCAUGAACUCUUCAAUCACUUAUAUUAUUUUUUGAAUUAUAUUGUAAAUUAGGAUCUUUUGUAAUUAUAUAUACAUGUAUAUUUGUACAUAAAAGUACACUGAUUUUUUAUAUGCAGUAAAAAUUAAACUAUUAACUUAUAAAG